ACCAAAGGGCAGAAGGAGGAACAACAACAGGGAGCAAACUUCUCUCUGUUUUUCUCAGAGUUGUAUCACACAAAACAAGGCAGAGCCUGCAGGGACAGAGCUGGGCAGAUAUAGCUACUAUGCUUUGUUUCCUCUGGUCACAUUUGAGCUUUUUCUUCUUCCUCUCAUUGGUUUGCAAAUGUGCUUCUGAUAAUGACGCUCCAGUAGUGACCAGCAGUGGCCCUAUUAAAGGCAAAACGGUCUUGACUAGAUCUGGUUCCGCGACUGCCUAUCUGGGAAUCCCCUAUGCGGAACCUCCAGUGGGGAAACUCCGUUUUCAAAAGCCCGUCCCACGUCAGCCAUGGAGCGAAGUAUUGGAGGCCACCCGUUUUGGCAACUUUUGUCCCCAGGCUGAUAUUCCUGGCCUUCCUGAUAAAGACAUAUGGGUCGCCAACACACCUCCGUCAGAGGACUGUCUCUUUCUUAACAUCUGGGCACCCCACCCUCGACCUUCAAGACCAGUGCCUGUCCUUGUAUGGUUCCAUGGCAUGGGCUUUAUCACUGGCACAGCCUCACUAGACAUGUACAAUGGAGCGAUCUUGUCUGCUACAGAGAAUGUCAUAGUGGCUUCCAUGAAUUAUCGCUUGGGGAGUCUUGGCUUUUUGUACUUUCCCCCCUACGUCCUGGGAAACAUGGGCUUGUGGGACCAGCAUUUGGCCCUCAAGUGGCUGAAGGAAAACAUAGCUCUCUUUGGAGGAGAUCCAGCUCAUUUGACUCUGCUUGCGCAAGGUGCAGGAGCAACUUUGGUGGGUUGCCAUCUCCUUUCCCCACUGAGCCAACCCCUUUUUGCCCGUGCAGUGCUUCAGAGUGGCGUUCCCAAUGCCAUUUGGCCCUGGAAGAGCCCCCGAGAGGCCCACAGCGAAGCGAUCAUGCUCAGCAAACAAGUGGGGUGUGCAAGAGAUAACGACAGGGCUGUGGUGAGCUGCCUACAGGAGAUGGACUUGGGAUACGAGAACUUUACACAUUUGACCUUGUUCAGAUCAUUGACCACAGAUGGCGUUUUCCUCCCAGGCAAAGUCCCAAAUCUGCUGGACACUGCAAUUCUUCAGGGAAAGCCAAUUCUUACUGGGGUCAAUGAUGAUGAAGAUUCCGGUUUUCUAUUGCUUAUGUAUCCGCGCAUAAAAACAAACAGAGGAAUAUUAACAUGGGAGCAGCUUCUCCAAGGUGUGGCGGUAACUAUGCGAAGAGGGGCCACAAAAGAAGUUGCGAACACCGUCGCCCAGAAAUUCAGUGACGCUAAUCAAGGGCAAUACCGUUUGGCAUUUUCUCAGUAUAUGCGAGAUUAUUUCAUGGUGUGUCCCUUGGUUGAAUUUGCUGCGAAGCUCAGAAAAGCUGGGAAGACGGCAUAUGUUUACUCCUUCAGUCACCACCCUUCUGGCUCUGGAUGGCCUGAGUGGGUAGGGACACCCCACGGAGCAGAGAUACCUUAUGUCUUUGGAACCAUGGCGUCAGUAACAAACCGAUCCAUCACAGAUGCUGAGGAAGCAUUGAGCCGUCAGAUGAUGAGAUACUGGGCAGAGUUUGCCAGAGGCGGGACUCCAACAGGGUCAAAGCCCGAUGAGGUACAAUGGCCACUCUAUGACGCCACAGAACAGAAUUUCUUUCACAUCAGCACAGCAGCUCCCCAGCUCAAACGGCUGUCACCUGCCCCACUCUGUGACUUCCUGGCUACGCUUCCUGCGAACGACACACAACCGUAGAAAUCUCCAGAAGUCCCGGACUCAUGAAUUGGGAAGUUGAACCAGGAAUAUAGAACAUGGCAUGUAAUACCAAGAAUACAAGUUGAAUCAAGAUAUGAGCUCUUUAGCUGUCAAGAUAUUGUUUAGCUGUUAUAUGGGAAGAACUAAAAACACAAGGAGGGGUUGGGAAUGAUUGGCUGAGCCUCAGUUCAACAAAAAUCACUGAGUGCUUUGCAAUGGUGGCAUGUGUGGCUCAGCCUAUGCCAACUCCACUUCUGACCCUGUCCCUUUAGAUGGUAUAAUAGGAAGGCAAUAGAGUAGGUAUAUUGAGCCAUGGGUGCAAGUACAUUCAUCUGAUUUUAGAAGUAUAGUCAUUAGACUUUGGGCAUCUUAAGGAAUAACCCAUAUAUUCUUUCUUUGUAUGAAGGGGAAUCCUAGUUAAUUCCCAUUUUCUGGAAGGAGGCUGUGCUAUAUAUUGAUACAGUCUCAUUAGAAAGAGGCCAGUUUAAAAUGGGAGGUGGUAUGGAAAGUGUGAAUACAUCUAUAAGUAUGGCUGAGUGUUGUGCAUUUGGGUCAGCUUCACAUCUAAUAUAAAACACUUACUGUAACAGCUUUAAAAACUGUGGGCCAUUAGCAUGAAUGCCAUUGCAUCCAUGUACCACUAGAAGUCAGUUGGGCAAUGCCACUUUUUCCCAUCAUCUCCAUUAUAUCUUAAUGCUGUCCAUAUCAUCAUUAUCAUCUCCAUCUUCCUUAUCAUUUACUGUCCUCAUCACCAGCACCACCAUCAUCAAAGCCACCAAUGAUAACAUCAUAUUCAUGAGCUGUCAUCAAACUUAUUAAUAAUGAUCUUUUUUUUCCAAUCAAAUUUCUUUUGUUUUUUCCUUUCUUGGAACGGA